AUGGCUAGCCGCCCUCAACUCCCUACCAUCUCGACAAGCACUUCCCAGGACAAUGUCAAUGGCGUCUGUAUGCAGACAGACAGUCCGCAUGCUCGAACACCAAUCAUGUAUUCGCCUGCUCUCAACGACCCAGUGGGCUCGCGCAUCGGCAAAAGGCCCUUAGAUUCUCAGUCUCACGGCGAGAGUCCAGAUAAAAGGAGUCGCCCGCCCGAUUGGCGGUCGGUGUUGCAAGAAAGGUAUGCCAAAACCACAGGCUUCAGAAUACCGAGCCCUCCACCAUCAAGGAAAAGCUCUUAUGCUGGACUUGCAAAUGUACCUACCGGUCCGAGGCUAGCUUCUGACCUGUAUAGGCCGGAAGGCCCUCAAGGGCGUCAGAGUACUCAGGUUCAGUCUCCGAGCAGCAUAGGGAGUGGGGCAUCGACACCUACUCAUCAUGCCCCUACUGCUCCUUAUAUGCUACCAGCGACAGAAUUGAGCACUCUGCGACGACCUGCAGAGGUAAAAAGUCCUGUCAUGGAUAGCACUCCAGUCACUAUGCAGUCCUUACGAAAACUGAAAGAGAGAAGAAAAGCGAUUGCACAUCAAAUAACCGCCGGCGUCAGCAAGACCCUUGAGGCUAAGCUCGCCACCCAAGCAAUGGACAUUGCGUACCUUAAGAAGGAACGUGACCAAAUCAUUAGUAACCGUGAGAAGGAGCUCAACGAACUCAAGAAGCAGAUGGAGGAGAAACAUGAUCAGACGAAACGCAGACUGGACGAUGUAGAGGCCGUGUCUGCCCGCGUUCCUAGCCUGAUGGACAGGACAGAGACUCUCAAGCUUGUAAACGCAGCUGCCAAGCCUAUAACAGAACGCUUAGAAGUACUAGAAGAGUCAGCUACCGGGCUCCCUAAUCUGAAAAAGGGGCUGCAAGACCUCGCAGCUGUGCCAGAAAAAUUAGCUGCACUGGAGUCGCGACAAGCUGCAAAGCCUGAACCGGACCACUUCAAUGUAUUUGUCAAAUCAGAGCUUACAUCUAUAAGAGGCAGGCUUGACAGCACACUCGCAAAGACUCAUGCGUUAGAGAACGACGUCACCACGUUAAAGAAUGCGAAGGAACUGCGAGAGAUCGACAUCACCACGUUGAAGAAUGCGAAGAAACUACAGGAGAACGACAUUGGCGCACUGAAGACAUGGAAGGACGCGCAACCUAAAGUGGUAUCUGAGGUAACAAUUAAUAACCUCAUCGCAGCCCAAGUUGAAGAAAAAGCUUCUGUCAUCUUAAAAAUCUUGAGCGAAAAAACAGACGAGGCCAAUCACAGGCUUGCUGAGCGUUUCAAUAACACUGAAGCCGAAAUUCGCCGUCAUCAGCUUGAAUUACAAGAGUUCAAGAGUUCUAAGGAGAGUUACAAGCAGGAACUUGCUAACCAGCUUUCGGUAUUGCACGAAAGAAUACAGACCGUCGAGGGAAACGAUGCAAAGACAUACGCCAAAGCCGAUAAGCUACAGAGACAACUGCAGAAGUUGGAAGAUGACUUGCAGAAACUGGAAGAUGACGUGAAUGACCUUUCUCCAAGUGGAAGUGGCAUGGACAAGAUACACGACAAGCUGGAGGAAAUGCGACGCACAGACGACAAAUUACUUAACAAGGUGCAGGAAAUUCGCGAAGAGAUGAAGAGCAUGAACAGAGACCUUUCAUCGUUCGAGAAGGACUUCUCUAAUUACCAAGACGACAUUAUUAAGUACAUUGGACGAAUUAAAAGCGACUACAAGGAUACCGGAAAAUCCUUAUCAGAAAGGGUUGCCGCCCUGCGAACAACGCUUACCGAAGCUGAUUUGUCUAGACUCCCUGUUCGCCUUAAUGAGCUGGAGAAGUCUGCACGUAAUGUAGACAGGCUGACUGUCCGUGUCGAUGAGCUGGACAAGCUGCCUCCUCGUAUUGAUGAGCUAGAGAGGGCUCCUAAGGGUCCCAACUCUAAGAAAGUCGGGACGCCUGUUUUCCCUUCGUCUACUGUUGCAAAAAUCCCAGAGACGAGUGACUUAGACUCGAAAGUCGACUCGCUGGACAAGUCGUUGCAACGACUUCGCAAAACCGUGGAAGGCAAAAAUAGCCUAACUUCCCGGAUGGAUCACCAAGAGGAGCGGAUUGAUAGGAUAGAGGCAUCUUCUGCUAGUGCUAGGCCGCUCGAGACGGUGGAACAGACGGUUCAGACUGAAGACAGGGCUUUAGACAAGACGCUGGUAACUGAGGAAAAGGCUGCAAAGAAUCUGGAGGAGCUCGAAACCCGCCUCAUGGAAGAGAUCCGAGCAUUACGCAACGACACUGCUGCAGCCCCGUCAUCGCAAUUCGAUAUGAGUGCUCUCAGCGUUACCCAGCAAGGCAUUGAGGCACUUCACGAGAAAUUCGAAGAUCACGAUGCGAUUAUCUCGAGUAUACAAGAGAUGGUUCCUAAUCUCUUUAGCGAACACUUCGCACCACUUAAGGCAAGUGUUGAACAACAAGCGCAAAUCACUAGCAAUACGUUAGAGCAGCACAGCCACGACCUCUCUAAUCUAAGUCGACAAGUUGCGAACUUGCCAACACAACGGACUACUGCGGAACAGCAGCAACAAGAUCAGCUUGAUGCGAUGAUAGCGGAAGCAGUUUCGCUUAGGACAGCUUUUGCAGCUCUGCAAACAUCGUUGUCAAGAAAGGCCGAUGCUGAAAGAAUGCAUCAACAACUACGAGGAAUCACUUUCGCGCUGAACAACUUACAAAGCCGAUACGAGAACAUAAGUACCGACGACAUCUUCAAGCACAUGGUCGAGUGGUUCACAAGGCAGUAUCCGAAUGUAACACAAAUCAUGAAGGAGAUCCAAGAACUCAGGGCUACAAUGAUAGCGGACCAUCACGGAAGCUUUAUCGCUCGCUUGAGUCGUGACGCAGAAAACUUGCACGAUCUUCUACGUAUUGCUCCGCAAUUGCGAGGACUUGUGGACAUUAAGCAGGCGGUCACCUCUGAAGGGCAGACUGUUACUGCCAGUACUACAGAGAUCCAGCUCCGACUUAUAGAAGAAGCUAAUACGCUUAAAAAUCUACAAAAUCAACUGAAAGAAGACAAGAUUGAACGCACGACAGAGUUAGAACUACUGCGCUUUCAAGUAAGCGACGGGCGUCGUUCGCGCGCAGAUGCGGAGGCUGAUAUAAGGAAAGACAUCAGCAAUAUCGUUGCUACAGCAAGGCAGAUCAAGAGCGAUUAUGAAGCGGCUGUGCCUAAGAUCCGGGAUCAACUCAGUGACGUCCAGAAGGCGGAUGCUGAAUUGCGAAAAGAGUUCGAUGCCACAGUCAAAGCAUACAUCGAGCCAAACCGCGACUUGUUCGGCAUGAUGGAACAAGUGAUCACGGUGGUUGCGCAAGUUCAACAAAUCCUUGAAAGCGUAAACCAAAACCUUCCGAAAGGGCCGUUGAAGCUAGAUUGGGUCUGCUACCUUCCAAAGCACGGUCAGCUUGAAAACAACGGCGAGCUUGAGUACAACGGCGAGCCCAGCAAUUCGAAGGGCAAAGGCAAGAGCAAGCAGUAA